AUGGACGCGACCACGGCCCCGCAUCGUAUCCCCCCGGAAAUGCCCGAGUACGGGGAGACGAAACACAUCUUCGAGAUGAUGCAGGCUAUCCUGGAGCAGCUUCUCAUCUACAAGCCCAGCGACACCAUCGCCUUCAUCAUCGACCACCUGCAUCGUGACAACGACAACGUGCCGAAGAUUUUAAUAUUGGGUCCGCCCGCCUCCGGGAAAACAACUAUCGCCAUGUGGCUUUGCAAACAUCUGAACAGCAAUCUCCUCACGGUGGAGAACUUGAUGGCCAAAGACCAUUCCCCGCUGACUGAUGAGGCCCGACGGCAUUAUCAGAGAUCCAAGAAAGUUCCCAGCAGACUCCUGGUCAGACUGAUUCAGGAUCGCCUAAACGAUGAAGACUGCAUCAAGCGGGGCUGGAUUCUGGAUGGUAUCCCUGAAACCCGGGAGCAGGUUCUGCUAAUACAGACCCUUGGGAUCACCCCCAGACACGUUGUUGUGCUGAGCGCACCAGACUUGGUCCUGAUUGAACGAAACGGGGGGAAGAGGAUCGACCCUCAAACUGGCGAGAUCUAUCACACCACCUUUGACUGGCCCCCAGAACCUGAGGUCCAGAAUCGACUGAUGGCACCGGAGGGCAUCUCAGAGCUGGAGACGGCUCGGAAACUGCUGGACUAUCACAGGAACAUUGUCAAGAUCAUCCCCUCUUACCCCAAAAUCCUCAAAGUCAUCAGUUCUGACCAGCCUUGUGUGGAUGUCUUCUACCAGGCUCUGACCUAUGUCCAAACCAACCAUCGCUCUAAUGCCCCAUUCACCCCGAGAGUGCUGCUUUGUGGACCAGUGGGCAGCGGGAAAAGUCUGCAGGCUGCUCUCUUGGCACAGAAAUACGGUCUUAUCAAUGUCUGCUGCGGGCAGCUGCUGAAAGAGGCGGUGGCAGACAAGACAAGAUUUGGCCAGCUCAUCAGGCCCUUUUUCGAACAGGACAGGACAGUGCCCGACAGCAUCAUUUUGAAGAUCCUGACCUACCGCCUGAACCUGGAGGAUUGCAUUCAGCGAGGGUGGGUGCUGCACGAUUACCCAAGGGACCUGGACCAGGCUCAACUGCUGCAAAGUUUGAGUCACAAGCCCAAUAGGGUGUUUUUCCUGAAUGUCCCCUUGGAUUCUGUCCUUGAGCGGCUGACCUUGAGAAGAACAGACCCAGUCACAGGAGAAAGGUACCACCUCUUGUACAAGCCACCCCCAACCAUAGAGAUCCAGACCCGUCUCCUGCAGAACCCCAAGGAUAGCGAGGAGCAGGUCAGGCUUAAACUGGACCUGUUCUACCGGAACUCGGUGGAGCUAGAGGAGUACUACCCAUGGGCCAUCACCAUCAAUGGGGACCAGGACCCAUACACGGUCUUUGAAUACAUAGAGAGUGGGAUCAUCAACCCCCUGCCCAACAAAGGCCCCUGAGAGGCACUAAGCAAGCAGCAUCCAUAGGGAAGCAAAGCUCACCUGUCACCCAGACCCCAGAGGGCCAGGAGUGACCUCCGGAGGGCCCGUCACCUCUUCCAAUUACUCCCCCUCGCCUCGGUAACAACCCUCUCUAGGAAGCACUUACAUGUUCCCCUGUGGACAGAAGAGGAUGCAAAGGUCCCCCUACAUCCCACUUCCUGGAAAACCCCACAAGCCAAUAAAGAGUGUCUAGUGUU